CUUUGUCGCUUCUCGCGUGAAUCUUAAAUCUCGUCCGCUGUUUGUCAGCCGGUGGCAGAAGCGUCGCUGCGUUAAUCUGUCAGCGGAAACAUGAACGCGGCGGUGACCAGGUUAGACCCCAGAUGGCUCCGUUUCACCGUCGGACGCCCGUGGACCGCCGCCGCGGCAGCCUCCAAGGUCCAGCUGUCCACGCUUCCUCCUGAACCCGUCAUCCCGUCUAAGCAGCCUCUCAGAGUGGAGCUGAUUGGCGGGAAGCGUUACUCGUGGUGCACCUGUGGGUGGAGCAGGAAGCAGCCUUUCUGUGAUGGAAGCCAUAAAAGCCGAGCCCAGGGCCUGUCCCCGCUACGCUUUGUCCCACAGGAGGACGCCACGGUUUGGUUGUGUGGAUGCAAACACACCAACAACCCGCCUUACUGCGACGGCACGCACAAGCAGGACUUCAUUGUGUCUGCCCCCCUACACGAGCCAACAGAGUCCUGAGGGCGGGGGUGUCUGAGUCUGGUUGUAGGUGCAUCUUAGUUGUUGCAUCAAUGAGAGAGACGCACAUCUUGUUUCCUGUCAGUAUUUUCAUCAGUCAUGUGACUUUGAUGACAAAGACACUGCUGCAGCCACGUUAGGAUGAGUUACUGUAAGCAGACCCUUCCAUGAUGUUAGAUGGAGGGUCGUUAACCUGGAAGCUAAAGCUCAAUAAGCUACUGGGCAGGCAGCCCGUGAAGAAGGUGGGAUGUGGUGUUAUGUUGGUCUGGAUUUUGAAGCUCCAGUUUUGUUCUGGUGGGAUGAAAUUAGAGUUGGUGGGAGGCACCUUACCCCACACUGCUCACUCCACAGAGUCAAAACACUGUGGGUUUUUUCCUGUAUGUACUGAAAAUGAUAAACCGAGCACUGUUCGUGGUCCUUGUCAAGCUUUUGCAUAAGAACAAUAAAAACUUGUGUUGGUGGAUCUCAAGGCGUGCAGCUGAGGAUCCAUUAAAGGUGGUUAAACUUUGGGGCUCAGGGAUGGAUGUUGGUAACAAACAUGUUUGUAUCUCUGCCCUUACGCAGAGUGACUGAUGCCUGCUGUGACAGAGCAAAGCUACACACAGCUGCAUUUCUGUCAUUCAAGUAUUUAAAGCACACUGCUUAAAAAAAUGAACACAGCGAUCACAGCACAAAGUCUGCAGUUAGGAAGCAGAAACCACCUCAGCUGCUUUGGCACAAACCAAAGUGACAGAACAGGUGCACUGCAGAGGCGGGCACAACCACAGGUUACUGCUCUCAUCCCUCCCCACUCAAUUUUCUCUGCGUUCGGCCGGUCGAGUGAGACGGUACCUGCAGCCCGUUCAGGUGGCACAGGUGAUCCACGCGUUAGUCUGGGAGGACGCGACCAACCGUCCAUCCAGGAGCCUGCCCGGACACCGUCUCAUGCUGCCAGCUGUGACAAAGACUCAAAGGUUUGUGCUUCCUAACUGGCUUUGUGUUACUGCGAGCGGUGUAUCGUCUGCUAUUCAUAGCUGUGAUUAAACUAAAUAAACUGUCUU